CUGGCGGCGGAUUUCAGCAGCAGCAGCAGGCGGCGGGGGAGGAGCCCGGCGGCCGGCUCUGGCUGCCUGGCACGGCGCAGAGCCGCCUCUUCCUCCCCACGCCGCAGCGAGAACGGCGGCUCUGCCCGGCACUCGUUAACUCAACAACUUCACCAUGUGUGGUAUCUGGGCCCUGUUUGGAAGCGAUGAGUGCCUUUCUGUCCAGUGUCUAAGUGCCAUGAAGAUCGCACAUAGAGGUCCCGAUGCAUUUCGUUUCGAGAACGUCAAUGGAUUCACCAACUGUUGUUUUGGUUUCCAUCGCCUCGCGGUUGUUGAUCAGCUGUAUGGCAUGCAGCCUAUCCGGGUGAAGAAGUUCCCUUAUCUGUGGCUGUGUUACAAUGGAGAAAUCUACAAUUUCAAACAGUUGCAGAAGCAGUUUGGAUUUGAAUAUCAAACACUAGUGGAUGGUGAGGUCAUCCUUCAUCUUUACAACAAAGGAGGAAUAGAACAAACGGCAUCCAUGCUGGAUGGUGUAUUUGCUUUCAUCCUUCUGGACACAGCAAACAGAAAAGUGUUUCUGGCGAGAGAUACCUAUGGAGUCAGACCACUGUUUAAGGUGCUGACUGAUGAUGGAUUUUUGGGUGUCUGUUCUGAGGCAAAAGGACUUAUGAACUUAAAGCAUUCAGCAUCCUUAUUUCCCAAAGUGGAACCAUUUCUUCCGGGACAUUAUGAAGUGCUGGAUUUGAAGCCCUCUGGCAAGGUUGCAUCAGUAGAAUUAGUAAAAUUUCAUAGCUAUAAAGAUGAACCACUCCAUGCGGCUUGUGAUACAGUGGAAAAUCUACCUUCAGGCUUUGAUCUUGAAACAGUGAAAAGUAACAUCCGUAUUCUGUUUGAAAAUGCUGUUAGAAAGCGUUUGAUGGCUCACAGAAGGAUUGGUUGUCUUUUGUCAGGGGGCUUAGAUUCCAGUUUGGUUGCAGCCAUUCUUCUGAAACUGAUGAAAGAAAUGAACAUCAAUUAUCCAUUACAAACCUUUGCAAUUGGAAUGGAAAACAGCCCUGAUUUACUGGCUGCCAGAAAGGUGGCAGCACAUAUAGGCAGUGAACAUCAUGAAGUAAUAUUUAAUUCUGAAGAGGGAAUUCAGGCAAUCGAGGAGGUUAUCUUCUCCUUGGAGACCUAUGACAUAACAACAGUAAGAGCUUCAAUCGGUAUGUAUCUUGUCUCCAAAUACAUACGCAAGAAAACAGACAGCGUGGUCAUCUUUUCAGGAGAAGGCUCAGAUGAGCUGACACAAGGAUAUAUAUAUUUCCAUAAGGCGCCAUCUCCCGAAGAAGCUGCAGAAGAGAGUGAGAGGCUUCUGAAGGAGCUCUACCUGUUCGAUGUACUUCGUGCGGACAGAACUACUGCAGCACAUGGUCUUGAACUGAGAGUCCCAUUUUUGGAUCAUCGUUUUACUUCUUAUUAUUUAUCUCUACCAGCAGAAAUGCGAACCCCAAAGAAUGGAAUUGAAAAAUACCUUUUAAGACAGUCCUUUGAAGACUCCAACUUACUUCCCAAAGAAAUACUCUGGAGACCCAAAGAAGCUUUCAGUGAUGGUAUAACAUCAGUGAAGAAAUCCUGGUUUUCUAUUCUUCAGGACUAUAUUGAUCAACAGGUUGAUGACCUUCUGCUUGAAAAGGCAGCGGAGAAAUACCCUUUUAAUCCUCCUAAAACAAAAGAAAGUUAUUAUUACCGCCAGAUCUUUGAGAAGCACUACCCAGGACGAAGCAGCUGGCUGCCCCACUACUGGAUGCCAAGAUGGGUUAAAACCGCUGAUCCUUCUGCUCGCACACUGAAACAUUACAAGUCAGCUGCCCAAGAAUAGGCUGUUGAAAUAAUCCCCCAAAUAGAAGUACUGCAAGCAAUUUGCAUACACUCCACUUUAAAAAUAAAAUAAUAAUAAAAAAAGAAAUAUGCAAACCUAAAUCUUAAAUGGUCUUUAAGAUGCAUUUUGACAAUGCUACUGGAAAUGAGAGCUUUCUGUGGUUAGUAUACUAUUAUAAAAUUCACCCUGCUGUACCCAAAUUGGGGGAUUUAUGGGAAAAUGCAUUAUGGAAAAGGAACUACCUUAUUCGGCAGCACUGUUCCUUAUGCGGUGGCCUCAAUUGUAUUAAUUUGCCUUGCAGUCAUUUAAUAUAUUUUAUAUGAACUCUGGUUUUAGGGCUUGAAUAAGGCAAAGUGAUGCAAACUGGUGAAGGUCCUUUGAGUGUAUGGCAAGUUCACCCUAGCUGUUUAGUGAUUUGUUUAUCUGGUUGUGGGAUUUGGAUAGGCUGUCUAUAUUGUUCUGUUCUGAAUGUCUUUGUAACGAUUCCCAUGAACCUUGGCCUGGUGUUCAAAAGACACAUGUAGCUAUGCAGAGGUGCUACCUAGAGUUUAUAAUGGUGGUGGUGCUGGUGCUUAUUGAAAUUAAAUGGAACCUUACUCUUUAUUGUAAAGCCACCAGUUGGCCAUUUUGAAUCUUCUAAAUAUACCCCAAGUUUAAAGGUACCGUGACUGUUAUCAAAGAGCAGAACAGACAAGAAGCUGAGUUACAUCUUUGUUUUUAACUCAAGGGCUUCAGUUUUUAAAUGUGUUUGUUGUUCUUGAAAACAGAGUGUUAACUGGGUGAUUUGUAUCUGUCUGAUGGAAGUUGCCUGACAUAAUAUUUCAAGAAGUUUUUGACUUAUUGUGAUAAUGUUUCCACCUGUAUGUUGGAAAGGUGGACUGUGUUGCUGUUCAGUUCCAUAUGAUCGACUGUGUGGUGGGCCAGCCCUGUUAACCACAGAUUUUAUUCAGACAAAGCACCUACAAAGACAAUGGGAUUGGAUGCCUUGCUUGGAAAAAUGGAAAAAGAGAAAACAAAAAACUUUUUCAGUAAGCAUAAAACUUUUCAUUCAAACAAAUUGCUUUUUAUCCAAGACAACUUUUUAUUAAUUAGUUCGGUACAGGUGUGUGCUUUUUUUUAAAGGUAACGUAAACAUGAGGUUGGUCAAAAAUAUACAUGAGUGCUGCAGAUCGCCUUGAUUAACUUCAUGGUUUUGAUGAAGUAGUCUAGUUUAAUGCCCCUCUCAACAAGGAAACCAAAGCAGCUGCUAUUUAAAAGAUAAAAUAUAAGCAAUUCUUUUUUAAAA